CGCCAGUGCGAUAUUUUUUUUGUCAUUUUCCUUUCCCUUUUUAAUCCGACCAAUAAGGUGCGACACGCUAACGAUGCAUCGAUGAUUCUAAAUUAGAUCAUACUGCAAUUAGAUUGUAGAUAAAACGGGGGGUAUUUAAUUGGCGACUUCACUAGCCCGUGUCCUGCCGAAGAGGGUGCUCAAUUUUACAUCGAAAAUGACGGACCUGAAGGAGAGCGAGAUCGAAACCGCCCAUUUCGCAGUGGAAGUGCUGGGCAGCGACAAGAAACUAGACGCUACCCUGCUGGACAAAUUCAUCUACUGCAUGAGCCUCAAUCCCAGCUUGGACACCCUCAAAAAGCACGGCUUCACUGACAAGGAAGGUCAGAAAGUGUUCACGGUGGAGGAGCUGCUGCCCAUCGUCUCCGAGCUGAAGAAGCAAGUCAAGGAUUUCGGUUGUUACGAGGAUUUCAUCGAGUGUUUGAAACUGUACGACAAAAACGACAACGGAAUGAUGCCUGCUGGUGAAUUGAGCCAUUCCCUCAUGGCUCUAGGAGAGAAGCUGUCUGAACCUGAAGUGGACGAAUUAUUCGAGACCUGCUUGGACGAGGAGGACGAUGAAGGAGAAAUUCCCUAUAUACCUUUCCUUCAGAGGAUGUGCGAGAAAGCUCCACCGUUGAAGCCGGCGAAAAAGUGAAAUCCUACUCUUUAAAUUUUACGUAUGUAUAUAGACUCGCUUAUAUUAUAUACGCUUAUAAAUAAACGACUGACCGAAUAUUG